GGUUACGUACCGUGCUAGAAAAUGUUUCAGUUUUUAAACUCCGAAAAUGGCAUUAAAUUAGCAAAAAACUUUAAAUAUAUAAUAUUGUUGAGUCCUCUGAAGAACCCCAUCAGAGGUUGCAGUACAAAACGAGUUCUGGAACCGGCUUAUAAACCGGCACAGGUUGAAGCUAACAACCGUCGGAAAGUUGUUGAAAAGCCGACAGGAGGUGUUGACGAAGGAAGGAAAUUCAGCUUGCUGCUUCCCCCGCCGAAUGUAACGGGGGAGCUCCAUUUGGGCCAUGCGUUGACUUGUGCCCUGCAGGAUGUUCUGGUGCGAUGGAAGGAGAAACAGGGUUGUGUGGGGUUGUGGAUUCCGGGGAUGGAUCAUGCUGGCAUAGCAACACAGGUGGUGGUGGAAAAGAAGCUGCAGAAGGAACGGAAGUUGAGCAGGCAUGAUUUGGGAAGGGAGCAGUUCUUGCGGGAAAUAUGGGCGUGGAAAGAGGUGAAUGGGGAAAGCAUUCGGGGAGAUUUGAAGGGUAUGGGAAGUCGGAUGGAUUGGGAUAGAGAGUACUUUACCAUGGAUGAACGGCAGACGAGGGCGCUAAAGGAAGCGUUCGUAAGGUUGUUCGAUGGGGGUUUGAUUUACAGGGAUAAAUCGUUGGUAAAUUGGUCGUGUUCGUUGGAAUCGGCGAUUUCGGAUAUUGAGGUAGAGAAUGUGGAGAUUAGUGGGCCGACUCCGGUGGACGUUCCCGGUUAUAGUGGGAAGGUAACGUUUGGAGAAAUGGUCGAUAUAGCAUAUAAGGUGCAAGAUUCCAAAGAGGAGAUCGUGAUUUCGACGACCAGGCCGGAAACGCUGCUCGGAGAUGUGGCGGUGGCUGUGAAUCCGAACGAUGGACGUUAUGGCCAUUUGAAGAACAAUCGGACGAUGCUUUGGCAUCCAGUAAGAAAGGAGGAGAUUCCAUUGAUUUUCGAUGAAAGUGUAGAUCCUGAAUUCGGAACGGGAGCGGUGAAAAUUACUCCUGCUCACGAUCGAUACGAUUACGAUAUGGCGAAGAAGCAUCGACUGCCGCUUGUGGAAGUUAUUGACAGCAAAGGAACGAUUUUGGAGGAUUUUGGACCAUUUUCUAAACUUCCACGAUACGAAGCUCGUACGAAAAUGAUGCAUUAUCUGGCAAACAUUUCGCUAUUGAGGGGUACUAAGCCACACUCUAUGAUCUUGCCUGUUUGUUCCCGCUCGAAGGAUGUGAUCGAGUUCCUACUGAGGCCACAGUGGUUCGUUCGAUGCGAGAAAAUGGCUAGACGAGCUGUCGAAGCAGUUCACUGUGGACAACUUAAAAUCGUUCCGAACAACUUCGAAAAGGACUGGUUCCGUUGGUUGGAGAAUUGCCACGAUUGGUGCAUUUCUCGGCAACUUUGGUGGGGUCAUCGGAUACCUGCGUAUGAGGUGAAGUGUGGUUCAAAUACCACCUGGAUCGCAGCGAGAUCCAUGGAGGAAGCCCAGCAGAAGGCUCAAUUAUUGCUGAAGUCCAAAGAUUUUGAAAUCAUCCAAGAUCCAGAUGUGUUGGACACUUGGUUCUCUUCAUCGCUGCUUCCGUUUUCCGCCUUGGGAUGGCCUGACGAUUCCGACGAUCGAAAGCGAUUCUACCCGUUGGAUUUGAUGGAAACCGGUCACGAUAUCCUGUUCUUCUGGGUUGCACGAAUGGUGAUGUUGGGACAGGAAUUGACAGGACAGCUUCCGUUCAGGGAGAUUUUACUGCACGGAAUCAUAUGUGACGAAAAUGGUAGGAAAAUGUCCAAAAGCUUGGGCAAUGUAAUAAAGCCGAAUCAGGUGGUGCAAGGCAUCUCGCUUGAGAAACUGAAUCGAGAAGCGGAAGCGUCACAUAGGUCGGGAAUUCUUUCGCCUUCGGAGCUGAAGAAAUCCAUUGCUGGCCAGAGGAAAAUGUUCCCUAACGGAAUUCCGGAGUGCGGAACGGAUGCCCUUCGUUUUACGCUGUGCUCGAGCAAUAUAAAGAAUCACUUCAUCAACUUUAACGUCCAGGAGUGCUACACGAACAAGUUGUUCUUCAACAAGAUCUGGCAGGCAACACGCUACACAUUAGGAUGUGCAGAGAAGUUCGAUCCGAAAGGGAAACAGCUUAGCAAAGAUUCUCUAACGGAAAUGGAUCGAUGGAUCCUCAGUCGGCUUAGCAAUACUAUCGCAAGCUUCAGAAGCGCCCUGGAGUCAUACAACUUUCAUCUAGCAACUGCAGCUCUGAAGACGUUCUUCUAUAGCAACUUCUGCGAUGUCUACUUGGAAACGACCAAAGUGCUCAUGAAAGAAGAGCACUACUCAAUAGCCACCAAUCACUGCCUAGUCUUGCAACAGUGCCUCGCCCUGGGUCUGUACCACCUGGAAGUAUUCACCCCUUAUCUAGUCGCCGAAUUGCAACCUCACCUUCCUUCUCCAGACCUCAGCUUCUCACCAGAAGAUUGGAUUGACGCCACUCUGGAAUCGGACAUCGAUCAACUGCUGGAAAUCUGCCAAAGUGUCCGCCAAACAAAAAGUGAAUCCCCCAUCCCGAUCGCUCGGAAGCACAACCCCGUUGUCCACAUCCUGUCCAAGUCGGAUCAAUUGAGCUCGCUUCUCCAACGGCAGGCGGAAAACAUCCGCCAGUUAACCCUCUGCAAUGGAGUUGUUCUGCACCGGAAUGAAGAUGCAUUCAACGCCGGGAAAUUUACUGCCAAAUCAACUGCAAGUCACGUGUGUUCGUUUGGAGUUGUAACGAAUUUGCAGCCGCAACAGAAGCAAGCCGAUAUGGGAAAUAGUAAAAAGCUUGUCAAGUUCGAGAUGGAGCUGGAGCGGCUUUUAGGUACGGUGAACAACGAAGGCUACCGGAAGUCGGCCAGCGAAGCGGUGCAGAGGAAGCAUGCCGAGAGGAUUAAACAACUGAGGGUACAAAUCGAAGACAUGCGAAAGAUAGUGAUUUAGAGUUAGAAUGUCUGAACAGAGGUAAGUGAGAAUAUUGGAUUGUUAAAUUAUUGAAUGUUCAUGAUUGUGUUGAGCUUGCUCUCUAAAGCUAUUCGAAAUUGCCUUGACCUGAUACAGGGAAUCCAAAAAUCGUAUCUUCCGAUGUAGUACGACGAUAGAAAACACUAGUGAACGAAAUCAUGAUCAGUGCACAACUAAGAUCAUGGAUUAUCAUGUUUGUUACACAUGAUGAUCAGCAACAAACAUGAUAAUCCACUGAUAUGAUAACAAUCACUGUGUAAUAUAUCUCGAAAUUCCGACUCUCUAGGAAGCCGCUCU